AUGGACUGCGCACCUCAAAUCACAAAUGCUGUUGAAACAGCCAUCCCCUUAUGCCAGAUCAUUUGGUGUGGCGUUCAUGUGUUGCGCGCUGUCAUGAGAAAGGCUGAAAAGUUUCAAGAUCGUUCCAACUUCGAAACUUUCUAUAACUUAAUGAAGUUAUUGGUCUUUGGUUCUGAAGAGGAAGAAAUUGAUCCUGAUGAAGUUUACAACAAUUUAGAAGAAAUUUUAAAUGAGGAACCUGCUGCCCGUGAAUACUUUGACCGACAGUGGCGCCAUCAUCUUGACAGGUGGAUGCUUCGCUAUAGAAAUGAAGGAGAUGGAACAAACAACAUCUCAGAAUCACAUUUCAAGGUUUUGAAGCACCAGUACUUCCCAGAAAGGCGAAAUCUUUGA